AUGCAACGAGUUUCUCCAAAUAUUUCAUCGUGCGAGGAAGAAACUGCUUUAAUCGACUAUGAACCGAGAAAGGCCAAUAAUAGCGAGGAUCUCAUUGUUCGAUCCAAACAAGAGCGUAGCAUGCUGAAGCAAUUACAAACAUCAUUGAGCCCAAAAAUGACCGAAAUUGUGGUGAAUAGAGAUCAGCGCGUCAGUCGUUAUGGUCGCCACCAGAAGCAGAAAGAAAACAUGAAUUGCCUUCCGGUGGAUGUGGCAAAGUUUGUCCCUUCUACCCACUGUAGAUCACCUGCCAAAUUUAAACCAAAACCGAAGGCAGAUCCCUCUCAUGUCGUACCGGAUAACUGUCCUCAGAAUGUGGAAGUCAAAGAAGAGCCAUUAGAAUUACCGGUUGACAACGAUAAGCUCUUGCAAUCCGACGGAGUGAAGAUGGAAAUGGAUGUAGCGAUACCGAUGAUGCAAGAGUCCAGCGAGGAAUUGUUAGCAAUGGAUGAAAUCAACAUUAUUGGCAUGGAUAUUAGUUUCAACACAACCGAUUGCAGCAAAAAAUCUACAGUCCCUUUCCCACUGAAUGCUGAUUGUCUUACUGGUGCAUUUCAUCGCUCAUAUGAUGCAGAUAGUGCUAAGGGAUCAUCGAUUAACUUUGACGACAUACGAGUUGCGGACAUCUGUUGGGGUGCUCAAAGUAGAAAUCAAUUGCAUUGGCCUUGCAUCAUACGUUCAGACCCCGACUCGGGCCAAACGAAACGGAAAUCUACUGGCAAGGAACAUUCUAUGGAAGUACACGUAUCGUUUUUUGGAGACAACGGUCGUCGUGCUUGGUUGAAGGAAACGUUAAUAAUACCCUUCGAUGGAACGGACAACUAUUGCACUAGAGUGAACAAUCUUGAUUUUGGAAAAGCAGUGCGAACGAAGAUGAAGUUGUCAAUGCGAGGAAAAGCUGUUUGGAAAACAGCUUGCCAGGUAGCAGAAUCUUACUGUAGGCUACCGUUUGAUGCACGUCUCGAGAAAUUCGAAGAAAGUAUAAAACAGCAGCAAUCAUCACGCAAGCGUUCGAAAAAAGCUACGAAAAACGACGAUGGCGCAAUAGAUUUUUCGGAUACCAAAAAGCGGUCGGAAUCGUCAGAAAGCCUUGCGUAUGACAACAUUUACAGUGUGCCGGAUAUGGGAAAGCAAAACUAUAAAAGUCGUCCUGCUCAUUCGUCUACGCUCUACGAGAACACUAUUGACCGUUUCUUUCGUUCAUUGGAUCGGGACGUUUCAAAUGACGAAACAGUGACGGUUGCCGACAACUUUGACCAGCAUGAGUACGUAGUGUUAAUGAAAUUCAUCCGUUUGUUCCUCUUUAAUGGGCGCACAGAUGCAACGAUGGAGGAAAAGUUGCAAACUUAUGUGAAGCAAAUUUGUUGUCUUAAAAAGAAAUCCAAUGGAACCGAACGAACUGUUGCUCUGAAAAGGAACAAAUCAUUGUGGAAUGCUCUUCAUGCCUUCGGCAUCAACUUGACCGAAGAAAAUGCGGAAACGGAAUCCUAUUCGGCUUCGAAAAGACAAUCACGUCCGCGUAAGGAAGAUCAGAGCCUCGAGGAGAAAUUUUUAUUUUCUCUCGAUCGAAACUAUCUCACUAACGGGCUUCCGAAAGGUUACGUAUGCAAUAUCUGUCAGCAACCAAACGACGUCACGAAAUGUAGCAAGUGCAACCAGCAUGUGCAUAUCAACUGCAUCGCACAAGAUGAUAUCGCGCGGGAAUCUAUGAACGGAAAGGUUCAACAGAAAAGCUUUCUCUGUCCCGAAUGCAUUCAUCAUGCCGAUAACGAUGAUGUUUGUUGGAGGAAAUGCUUCAUUUGCAGCGAUGAACAGUCCGAAGUGGAAGGAAAGCUGAAGUAUCGCUGCAUUGCCAACUCCUGCACACAAGUUUACCAUUUGAACUGUUUGUCAUUAUUUCCACAAUACCGAGAAAUGGAUCCGCAAACCAUCAUCUGUCCCUAUCACGUGUGCCAUACGUGUGUGUCCGACGAUCCCAAAGGCAAAUCUUCUAACACAAAGCUAGCUUUAGUGCGAUGCACCCAGUGUCCAUCCGCGUACCACUCGGAUGAAAGGUGCAUUCCGGCUGGAUCGCAAUUUAUAAGCACUAAGCAAAUCGUUUGUCCGAAACACAGUCUACAGGAGAGAGCGGCAAAUGUGAGCUGGUGCUUUCUGUGCUGCAAAACAGGCGACGACAUUCUAGUGCUGUGCGACACUUGCCCCAUAGCAGUCCACCGCGGAUGUCUUAAUGAGCUACUCCCGGAAGGAAAGUAUAUUUGCGAUAUGUGCAAGUACGGUCGCUUCCCGUUGUAUAACGAGAUAGUGUUGGUUAAGAUGGGAAACUUUCGUUGGUGGCCAGCACUAACACUCCCCCCUCCUGUGGUACCGGAAAAUCUGAAACAAAUGCUCCACGAGCCGGGAGACAUAUGUGUGAAGUUUUUCUUCACGCAUGAUAUGGCCUGGAUUAAUCGACGAUCAAUGUAUCUGUACGAUAACGGCGACUCUGAAAAUCUGGGAGCACAAAAGUCAGGAACGCUAAACCAGCGAUAUCAUAAAGCCAUGCAAGAAGCUCGAACAAUCUUCAAUGUUUUGGAAACUCGAAAAACUAAAAACCACCUAGAGGAUAUGAGGCCGCCGUCGUUUUUCAAGAUCAAGGCAAAUCGCUACAUUGCCCCUCUGAAACAAUCGUACCGCAGAUCAUUGCAGUCAAAGGAAACAUUAGAUUCUGUGUGCAACUGUUGUGUGGACGAUGACGAUCCGUGUGGCAUUGGGUCAUCGUGCAUCAAUCGUGCUACUUUAGUGGAGUGCAACCCAAAAACGUGCUCUGCCAAAGACCGCUGCAUGAACCAAUGCUUCGCGAAGCGGGAGUACCCAGCACUAGAAGUGCGUCGUUUCGCAGACCGAGGCCAUGGGCUUGUGACAAAAACAAAUAUCGCUCAAGGCCAAUUCGUUAUUGAGUACGUUGGCGAGGUUAUCAACAAGCAAGAGUUUCAACGUAGACUAAACCAGAUGGAAGAGCGAAAGGAACAAAAUUUCUACUUCCUGGAACUCGAUGCCGAAAUCUUCAUUGACGCAGGACCCAAAGGCAAUCUCGCACGCUUCAUUAACCAUUCGUGCGAGCCCAACUGUGAGAUACAAAAGUGGAAUGUUGGCAACACACGCGUGAUAGGCAUCUUUGCGCUGAAAGACAUCAAUACGAACGAGGAGCUCACGUUUGACUACUGUUGGGAGAAAUUUGGCGAGAAGCAGCCGUGCCUGUGCGGAGCCAAAAGAUGUUCAGGAAUAAUCGGAGAAAAGUAUCGGAUACAGAAAGCGGAACUAACAACACUUACGAACACGAACACGAAAACCAAAAGCUUGUUUAGUCGAAAACGACGUUUGAAAGCUAAGCCUAGGGCUGGAAAAAAAAUCAAAACUGAAGACUCCGAAGAUACUUUGAUGCCUCCACCGAUUCGAACGGAAUGA